AUGUGUUAAAUGAAGUGUAACUGAAGACUGAAGAGAGAGUGAGAGAGAGUGAUGGCCGAUUGAUCGAUUCUAAGGAUCAGUGGCAAUGCCCUAUUCUUUCGGGAAAAAUAUUUCAUUGUAAUAUUUGGCGUGAAGAUUUUUAUUCAACAAAAAUAAAGCUCAUAAUUUUAAAGAAAUUCAGUCUUAUACUAUUAUUUGAAAGUAAGAUACAUGGAGGCAAAUGCAGGACUGGUGGCUGGAUCGCACAAGAGGAAUGAGCUUGUCAGAAUUCGCCAAGAUUCUGAUAGUGGGGCAAAGCCCUUGAAGAAUAAUGGCCAGAUAUGCCAAAUAUGUGGAGAUACUGUUGGAGUGACUGCGGCCGGCGACUUAUUUGUCGCCUGCAACGAAUGUGCUUUUCCAGUUUGCCGAGCUUGUUAUGAGUACGAGCGGAAAGAUGGAAACCAGUCGUGCCCCCAGUGUAAGACUAGGUACAAGAGGCACCAAGGGUGCCCGAGGGUUGAAGGUGAUGACGAAGAGGAUGAUAUCGAUGAUCUGGAGAAUGAGCUUAGUUAUACGCAAGGAAAACUCAAGGCUAGAUCUCAAUGGCACGGAGACGAUGCUGAGCUAUCUGCAUCUUCUAGACGUGAAUCCCAGCGACCGAUCCCUCUUCUUACCAACGGGCAGUCAGUAUCCGGUGAGAUUCCUCCUUCUACGCAAGACACACAUUCUGUCAGAAGUAUCUCGGGACCUUUGGGAACGGGAGACCGCAUUCACUCCCUUCCUUAUGUUGAUCCACGGCAGCCAGUUCCUGUCAGAAUCGUUGACCCUUCCAAAGACUUAAACUCUUAUGGACUUGGAAAUGUUGAUUGGAAGGAGAGGAUCGAAGGUUGGAAACUAAAACAGGAUAAGAAUAUGGGACAGACGACAAACAGAUACGCUGAAGGGAAAGGAGACAUUGAGGGCACAGGUUCAAACGCAGACGAACUUCCAAUGGCUGGUGAUAUUCGCCAACCUAUGAGCCGUGUCGUGCCCAUUUCUUCUUCUCAUAUUACUCCUUAUCGUGUUGUAAUCAUCCUUCGGCUGAUCAUCUUGGGGUUUUUCUUGCAAUACCGUUGUACUCAUCCGGUGAAAGAUGCGUAUCCUUUGUGGCUUACAUCAGUUAUCUGUGAGGUUUGGUUUGCCUUCUCCUGGCUUUUGGAUCAGUUUCCAAAGUGGUAUCCUGUUAACCGCGAGACCUUUCUUGAAAGACUAGCGUUAAGAUAUGAGAGAGAAGGCGAGCCUUCCCAGUUAGCGCCGGUUGACGUGUUUGUGAGUACAGUCGACCCCAUGAAAGAGCCUCCCCUCGUAACUGCUAACACCGUGUUGUCCAUCCUUUCUGUGGAUUACCCUGUAGACAAGGUCUCGUGUUAUGUCUCCGAUGAUGGUGCAGCAAUGCUGACUUUUGAAGCCCUCUCUGAAACCGCGGAAUUCGCCAGAAAGUGGGUGCCUUUCUGUAAGAAGCACCAUAUCGAGCCUAGGGCCCCCGAAUUCUACUUUGCACAGAAGAUAGAUUACCUCAAGGACAAGAUUCAGCCUUCUUUUGUGAAAGAGCGCAGAACAAUGAAGAGAGAAUAUGAAGAAUUUAAGGUACGAAUCAAUGCUCUCGUUGCUAAGGCUCAAAAGAUGCCUGAAGAAGGGUGGGCGAUGCAAGAUGGAACACCUUGGCCCGGUAAUAACACACGUGAUCAUCCCGGAAUGAUCCAGGUCUUUCUGGGGCACAGUGGCGGCCUUGACACUGAUGGGAACGAGCUGCCUCGACUGGUUUAUGUUUCUCGUGAGAAGCGUCCGGGAUUCCAACAUCACAAGAAAGCUGGGGCUAUGAAUGCUUUGAUUCGCGUCUCAGCUGUCCUCACGAACGGAGCAUAUCUUUUGAACGUUGAUUGCGAUCACUACUUCAACAACAGCAAAGCUGUUAAAGAAGCCAUGUGUUUCAUGAUGGACCCUGCUUACGGAAAGAAGACUUGCUAUGUGCAGUUCCCACAGCGUUUUGACGGCAUUGAUUUACACGACAGAUACGCCAACAGGAAUAUCGUCUUUUUUGAUAUCAAUUUGAAAGGACUGGAUGGCCUUCAGGGCCCUGUUUACGUUGGAACCGGUUGUUGCUUCAACAGACAGGCUCUAUAUGGGUAUGAUCCCGUGCUAACGGAAGCAGAUUUACAGCCAAAUAUUAUAGUCAAAAGUUGUUGUGGUUCUAGAAAGAAGGGGAAACGCGCCAACAAGAAGUACAUUGAUAAGAAUCGGGCGGUGAAAAGAACCGAAUCAAACACUCCUAUGUGUAACAUGGACGAUGUUGAAGAAGGCAUGGAAGGAUACGACUACGAGAAGUCACUUCUCAUGUCACAGAAGAGCUUGGAGAAGCGUUUCGGCCAAUCUCCCGUCUUCAUUGCUGCUACUUUCAUGGAAAUGGGAGGCAUCCCACCAUCAACAAAUCCUGCUACUCUUUUGAAAGAAGCAAUCCAUGUCAUUAGCUGUGGAUUUGAGGAUAAAACCGAGUGGGGCAAAGAGAUCGGGUGGAUCUACGGCUCUGUGACGGAGGAUAUCUUAACCGGGUUCAAGAUGCACGCGCGAGGCUGGAUCUCGAUAUAUUGCAUGCCUCCUCGGCCAGCGUUCAAGGGUUCUGCCCCGAUCAAUCUGUCGGAUCGACUGAACCAGGUCCUGCGGUGGGCUCUUGGAUCCAUCGAGAUUCUUCUGAGCCGGCAUUGCCCCAUAUGGUAUGGCUACAAUGGGAAGCUGCAGCUCCUUGAGAGGCUCGCGUACAUCAACACCAUCGUCUAUCCGCUCACCUCCAUCCCGUUGCUCGCCUAUUGCAUUCUUCCCGCCAUAUGUCUCCUCACCAACAAAUUCAUCAUUCCCGAGAUAAGCAAUUUCGCGAGCAUGUGGUUCAUCCUCCUCUUCAUGUCCAUCUUCGCGACCGGCAUCCUCGAGAUGAGGUGGGGCGGGGUGAGCGUCGAGGAUUGGUGGAGGAACGAGCAGUUCUGGGUGAUCGGGGGCACGUCGGCCCACCUCUUCGCCGUCUUUCAAGGACUCCUCAAGGUGCUCGCGGGCAUCGACACCAACUUCACCGUCACAUCCAAGGCGUCGGACGAGGACGGGGACUUCGCCGAGCUCUACGUGUUCAAGUGGACGUCCCUCAUCAUCCCCCCAACGACCGUCCUCCUCGUCAACAUGGUCGGCAUUGUGGCUGGCGUCUCGUACGCCGUCAACAGCGGAUACCAGUCGUGGGGCCCGCUCUUCGGGAAGCUCUUCUUCGCGAUAUGGGUCAUCGUCCACCUCUACCCAUUCCUCAAGGGCCUGAUGGGGCGGCAGAAUCGAACCCCGACAAUCGUCAUCGUCUGGUCGAUCCUGCUCGCCUCCAUCUUCUCCCUGCUUUGGGUUCGUAUCGACCCCUUCACGUCGGAGGCCACCAAGAGAGCUGCGCAAGGCCAGUGCGGCAUCAACUGCUGAGACUCGCCCUGACGCCAUCUCGUUGCCGUGUAAUGUACAUAGGAAUGAUGACAGUUGCAGACAAAGAGAGCAAGUGAGAAGAGCUGAUUGUGUUGUUGUAUUUCAUCAUUCUUUUGUCUUGUCCAAAUUUUUUCAUACACCAUGCCAUAGUGUAGCUAUUGAGAAAUUUUUUCAAAUAUUUUGCCUUGACGAUUAUAGUUGGAUUUAUUUAAUUUAUUCUUACUACAUACUCUCAUUAUUAGUACUCCAAUUCAUAAUGUAGUCUUUUUCGUAAGGGUUAAUUUAAAACAUUUAUUAAUGAGUGAUUAUUAAUUCUUUCUCA